CUGGCACCGGAAAAUCUCGAAACGCCAACGAAUUUCACCAGACGGCAAUCUCUUGUUUGUCAGAGCCAGAAGAUACGGAACUGUUGACCAAGAUCAAAGAAGCUUGGGUAUUUCAUGUUAGCUAUGAAAAUGGCACCACCUUACAACUGGAAGAAUCCUCUCCUUAUCGUGCCGUUGGUACUCGAAUGUUAUUUCAACUUCUUAGAGAGAAAAUGGAUCUUGAGGGAAUUAUCAAAACAUACGAGCCGGAAACUCCGAUAUUAGUUAUUUUGGUUGUUGACGGCAUGCAACAGCUUAUGGUCAACAAUGAUGAUGAUUUAAAGGCAGAUUCUCAUUUUUAUCAGACUCUCUCAAAUAUUGCAGACUCUGCAUUUAAGGGCAUUUUCGUAAUACCCGUUUGUACUUCAACAAUAACUGAACCUGUUGAGGGUACAUUGAAAUACUCGCAUCGCAAACGCGUAUAUCUACCCGUAGCUACUCUGGAACCGCCAAACGUCCGCCAAGAUCAUGGGUUGGUUCCAGUCUUUAAAGACGAUGCGAUUACUAAAAUUCUUGUGGAUGACUGUGGAGGGCAUGGAAGGGCUCUAGAAGCGCUUAAUGAGUGCUUGGCUGGUCGUAAUAUUGAAGAAUGUAAUCUGAAUACUUUGAUGAGCGAUCUGCGUUUUAAGCUUACUGAAAGAUAUCGUGAUGCUAUUUUUGGUUCCGUGGAGGACGCCAGGCCUGUUGCACGAGCAAUAUUGACUCGACGUCUCUUAAAUUUAUAUAAAAAUGAUAGUCCACAGGGAUACCUCACCGCACCGUACGUCUGGCUCUGGAUAUUUGUAGAGGUAUCUAAUAAUCAAGCAGAUCCAUUACUUCGAGAUUGGCAAUUUUCUGAUUAUGGAGAACAAAGAGCACUUAUCGAUCCUGUGUCGUCAUUGCAAGCAAAGUCAUGGCAGAGUUUUGAAAAAUUUGUCGCUUCAUUUCGUUGUUUAAAGUCAGCUGUGAUUGAAGAAGAUGAGCUAACGACGAUCUCGGAAGUUCAUGCGGGAGCGCGUUUGAAUGGAGACAUCCAAUUUAAAAAUCACAAUCUGCAACUUGAGAUUGCUAAAAACCAAACAGACACAAAAUUUGAAAAUCUCACUGCAAGGGAAUGGAAUGUUGAUUGCUAUCAUUCUACCGUUGAUGUCCGGAGAUUUAAACAUUGUAUUAUUAACGCUCCAUCUUCGCCAUCUGGGGAUGCCUUCCUUUCAUUAGAUCAGCCGGGUACCGAGAGUCCAAACGAAAUUCACCAAUACAAACAGAGGCAAAAACCGAUCAGUCAAAUGGUAUACGAAGAAGAAC